GAGGGGCAGUAGUGAGCGAGCAGAUGUCUGGAUGUAACUAUCAGCGGAGAAUUUUGGGGGGGCUGUUGACCAUGCAGGUGGAAAGAACACCCGGAAUAAACAGAUAAAUAGGGUGGAAACCAGGAGGCUGUGGAGGCAGAUAACAGCGCGACGCAGCACCCAUCAGCAAGAUUUACUGUCCAGUCGGCGAUGGUUGUGUUGGCGGUGGCUUAAUAACCAGUCAUAAAGAAGUGUGUGUGGGGGGGUUCUCUGUUGCAGAAGGACAAGAGUGAAAGCAUUGAUAGAGGGAAAAAAAGAGAGGGGGAGUGUUAUAAAGAGAGAGAGAGAGGAGAAGAUAAAACAGGAGCCGGGACCAUGAGCUCUGCACUGCCGUACGACUCGUUGUCAGCUCGGCCGAGUCCCAGCAGACGAGCUUUGGACUGGGAGCGCGAGCAGUUGGCAGUGCGAAGACUCUCCUCUCCACGGGGUCUCGACUUGCUCACUCCUCCUCCUCUUCCUCGUCGACCCUCUGCCAUCCCUGGCUACCUCCUAACACCGUACCAGGAGCAGGAGGAGCAGCUCCACCAGCAACAGCAGCGACUAUCCCUGUCAAUGUGCUCGGAGGCUUCCCUGGCACCCCCUGCACCGCCGCCUGCGGGUACUGCCCCACCCUGCUGCCGUCCAGUGGGAGUCAUGCACCUCCUUCGCCUGGGUCUCCUUGCUUUCAGCUGCCUCUUCUGGGCAGCCGGCUUGGCCCUCUUCACGCUGGGUGUGUGGGCUCAGAUUUCACUGGCAGACUUUAUGCUGCUGUCUGCCAAUCGGUACCCCAACGCCCCAAUCAUCCUUCUGUCCACAGGUGCCGCUGUCACCACCUGGGGCUUCCUGGGUUGUCUGGGAGUGGCUGCAAACCUAGCCUGCGUGCUAAAGGCGUAUGGGUUCUUUCAACUUGCUGCACUUAUUGCCGGUUUGGCAGCCGGACUCUCGGGCCUCUUCUACCGUGAAGAUAUUGCUGGAGGAUUUCGCAGUGGCUUACAGCGAGCGGUGGCCGGCUACACAGAGGAUGAAGGCCGUGCCGAUGCUCUAGACAGCCUGCAGCGGGCCUUGGAGUGUUGUGGAGCUGAGGGUUGGCGUGAUUGGCUCUCCUCAGAUUGGGCUACCCAACAUAUGACCUUCCUGCCCAAUGAGAAUGGCACCUCAGUGUCCCUGCCGGACAGCUGCUGUGUGAGGCGCAAGGGCUGCAAGAACCGUCCUCUUCUGUCAGACGACAGUGAAGGAGUAACUGCUGCAGGAAUCCAUCCUCGUGGUUGCUUCCGCAAGGUCUUCAGUUUGGUCAACGACAACGUCUUCCACAUUGCUGCCACUGUGCUGGGAUUAGCCUUCACUCAGAUCGGAGGCAUUGCCCUGGCUUGUCUGCUUGCCAACAAACUAGCACCAAGACAACAUCGUCGUGUAGUGGCACAUUAAUGGUCACGUGUGAACCAAGGAUUGACCAAUUUGUAGAUGACUGGUAAUGACCUCAAAGAGUAAUAGAGUUGAGAAGUUAGGGGUUGUUGGUUUUUCUCAAAGCGUUAAAUGACAGUCAGUCAGUUGUCAGUUGGUGCACUCCCAAGGCUUGGAUGGUGCAUGAAACUCCUGCUUACAUGAUCAAGAUAACAACCUAUUUAGAAAAUGUCAUCUGUAAAACAAUUUGGUAAUAUUUCAGAAUCCAACUACUCCUCACACUUCACAACUCUUUUGACACUCUUUGUUUGCAUGAUUCUCUUUUUUCUGCACAAUUAAAAAAAGAAUACUUAUUUGACUUGAGCAUUAGGAUAAAAGACGAGCAUUUAAAUCUGCAUUUCGUCUGCCCAUUUGAUGCAGUAGUACCUACUACUUUUAAUAGUAAAACAGGCCUACAUAGGCAGGACCACAACCCAAGCGCACUCUGCUUCCCACACCUGAUUCACCUCAGUGGUCCUUUUCUGUGGUUGUAGAUGGUUUUCUUCGGUGCUUUCACUCCUUGCAUGAGCAGAUUCUUUUCCUUUGCAGAAAAAUACUCUUUUCAUACUACCUGGCGAAUCUUCCAUUAAAAUAGCAAUCUGCCAAGGGGCAAGCACACCAGGCUUUUAUAGGGGAUAGGAGAUAGCAAUCUGAUUGGCUUGGUGCAUGUUUUAAACCCCAAAAAACACAUGUAUUAUUUGAGAGACUGAGUAAAACCCUUUUGAACCAUUCACCUGGUGCUGCAACUCUUUUUUCCACUGUUGAACUAUCACACGUGCGUUUGGACAUGUCCUAAAUGCACUUGCUCCAUGUGCUUUAAACCAUGUGCUUAGAUAGAAAAUAGAGCCCAACAUAAAGUGUGAACUGAUGCUUUUCUAUCUUUUUUGCUUUAUGAUUUAUUUGACUUUAGAAAUGUUUCAUAAUAAUGGCAUGGAAAUACAAUGUGUUGACCUGUUCUUUUCCCUCUUCUUACCACUGAAUGCACAGGAAAGUUCACCAGCAGUUUUCCACUUGAGACUAUUUAGUCUGGCAGUGUUCAGCAGAUGUUCAUAUCCACACCAUUUAGUUUUUCCAUCACAAAGACUACACUGUGCUAGAAUGGUGCUGUAGAAAAAAAAAAAGCUUAAUAAUGUCUGUGAUACUUUGUGCCAUUUAUACUGUUUACUGUGCUUUUGUAAGGUAUUUGGUGACACUGUGAAUGUUUCUUCCAGAUCAUGUCAUUGGUUUUGCUAGAGUUUGAAGCACAAGUUCAUCGUACGACAUUCAAUUUUAACGCUGCUUCUGAAAUGCUUGGUUGCAUUAGCACGACCCAAAUGUUGUGCAUCAAUCGACAGAAGUCUGGCCAGAUCAACCUCUUCUAACCUCAUCAUCAUCUCUUGGCUCACACCUUUCCUGUUUAUGACAGGCAUUUUUAUUGCUCUAGUAAUUGUACUACAUGGUAUAUAUUCACAUUCAGUAAUGUAUAAUCAAUUCUUAUAAUCACCUACAGCGCAAACAAGCAUGACUUAAACUGUUAACUAUAGUAAACUACAGUAGCCUCAUUACAGGAUACGAUAUUGAUUCGACACUGGGAAAGGCAAUGUCAAGGUCUGCUGCCCUUGAAUAUAUUAAAUAUAUAAAUGUCAACAGCGUUCUUGUGACGAAAUGGUGGUGUAGUAUAAUAGGAUUCAAUUUUACAAAAAAUGCAGUAGUGCAGGGCAAAGGCAUAAAGAAUACGUAUUUAUUAAACAUUGUGUGAAUUGC